CUAGGCAGGUGACUGCGUGGCUGUCGGAACUGAUCUGCCCUGGCCUACUGCUGACUCCCCGCCGGGGGGAAGGGAUCAGGGCAUGUCACGGGCAGAGCUGGCCUAGCAGGUCAAUUUGCUCAAAUAAAGUAGUGCCAAAGGAAAAAGGAUGCACUUAGAAAAUGUGACCAAGGAAACGGUCCUUAUUACAGGAGGAGGUGGUUACUUUGGUUUCCGUUUAGGUUGUGCGCUAUACAAAAAGGGAGUUGACGUGAUUCUCUUUGAUGUCCUGAAGCCGGUCCAAGCUGUGCCAGAGGGAGUGAAGUUCAUACAGGGGGAUGUCUGCUGUCUCUCUGAAGUGGAAAAAGCUCUCAGAGAUGUAAUCUGUGUAUUCCAUAUUGCUUCCUAUGGAAUGUCUGGCAGGGAGCAGCUGAACCGAAAACUUAUAGAAGACGUUAAUGUGAGAGGAACAGAAAAUAUCAUCCAGGCUUGCAGGAAAGCAGGAGUGCCAAGUCUGGUUUAUACAAGUACAUACAAUGUAGUCUUUGGGGGCCAAGUUAUAGAAAACGGGGAUGAAUCUCUGCCUUAUCUACCACUUCACCUUCAUCCUGAUCACUACUCCCGGACCAAGUCUUUAGCUGAGAUGAAAGUGCUGCAGGCAAAUGACACUGAGCUUGGAGAAGGGAAAGGUGUGUUAAGGACCUGUGCUCUCCGACCAGCAGGCAUCUAUGGGCCUGGAGAGCAAAGGCAUCUUCCAAGAAUAGUUAGCUACGUUGAAAGGGGAUUGUUUAAAUUUGUAUAUGGAGACCCUCUGAGUUUAGUAGAAUUUGUCCAUGUAGAUAAUCUAGUUCAGGCUCAUAUCCUUGCUUCAGAGGCACUUAAAGCGGCCAAACGGCACAUAGCUGCUGGCCAAGCUUACUUCAUUUCAGAUGGCAGGCCAAUAAACAACUUUGAAUUUUUCCGACCUUUAGUUGAAGGCUUGGGUUACCAAUUCCCAACCAUUCGUCUUCCUCUCUCCUUUGUAUAUUUUUCUGCAUUCCUAACUGAAAUAGUCCAUUUUCUUGUAGGCCGUCUUUAUAAUUUUCAGCCUCUUCUCACUCGCACCGAGGUUUACAAAACGGGCGUCACACAUUAUUUCAGCAUGGAAAAGGCCAGGAAAGAGCUAGGGUACAAACCUGAGCAGUUUAGUCUGACCGAAGUAGUUGAGUGGUUUAAAUUCCAGGGACAUGGAAGAAAGCUCAGAAUCUAUACUCUAAAACAUCUGAUUAGGGAUGGAGGGUUGAUCUUGCUGUUGGCCGCCGUGGUGCUCUCAUGGCUUCCAGCAGCAGUAACACUCUCUGUUUGA